UACCUAUUUCAUUACAUACUUGUAUGUGCUCUAUUCUUACCUACUCAAUUAAAAUUUGUUAUUAUAUUUUCUCAGAUAUCCUGAAUAUCACCAUAAUAAUAAUCCUAUUGAAAUUGAUAAGUAAUUAAAAAUUUGUUAUCGGUGUAAUUGAAGCAGAUUUAAUUCGAUAUCGAAAAAUGGCAGCAUUAGUAGUGCAGUCGCGUUUUGCUGGUUUGAAAAUUGAAGAUGAUGAUCAUUCUUCAACUGGGGACAGUCAGAAGUCAAAGAAAAGUAAAAUAAACACUGCCAAGAAGGCUGAACCCCCAAAAAAAAUUAAACCCAACAACAAGUCCCAGACCGUUCCUAAGAAGAAGAAAUCCAAGCAGAACACUCCAUCUGCAGAGCAAUGGGAACAGUGGAAACAGAAAGAUGAAGAACUUGUUGAUGGUAACUUUGAGACAGAAUUAGAACAGGCUAUAAUUUUAUCUAAACUUGAUUAUGAAGCAAAAAAGGAUGGUUAUAAACAAAUAAAAAAAGAAGCAGAAGUUAAGAAGAAAGUGGGAGAGAACAAUGAUCGAGCAGGCUCUAAGAAAUUAAGAAAGAAAAAUGUCAUGAGUCUGGACCAGUUUAAUGAUUUAGUGAAUGCUGGUGAUGAACCUAAAUUUAUACAUGAUGACAACAAAGAUAAUGAUGAAAAUCCCAUCUCUAUAAGCAAAGAUAAAGAAUUUUUUGAAAGGAUUAAAGAUGAUGCUAAGAAUGAAUUAUUAAAAGUCAGAGUCAAUGAUAGAGUUCGAUAUGGACAAACUUUACCAGAUCGAAUAAUUUCUAAGGUUCACUAUGCAGAUGCGCUUGAAAAAAAAGAUAUUGAAAUAGCUUCUUUGAGGCAAGAGAUCACUACACUUAAACAGGAACUCUGGACAGUUAAGUCAAGAAAUAAAAAACUAUGCAAUAUUCUUGGACAGGGGGAAAUGAAAGAUAAAGCGGAGGUGUUAGUUGAAGUGGAACGGUUGCGUGCUGUGCAGGCAGAGCUUACAGCCGAACUGGCAUCUUUACAUACUGAUCUUGAAAAGGAACGGUCCAAAAACACAGAUCCAAGAGCUAAAGAUAAGAAGAAAAAGGGUGGAAAUAGCGAUAAAGAUAAGUAGCGGAAAAUGUAAGUGAUUUGUAACAAGAUAAUUGUAAAAAUUUUCACUUUUAUUGGGAUGUCACAAUUAUUAACCUAAGACUUUCAAUUGUGAAAAAAUAACUAUGUAUCUUUAUGCAAAUGGAUAAAAAAUAUAGGUGAUGCUUAGUGUCACUAUGAGAAACUAUUAUAUACGUCCAUGAAAUCUGCAUUGCAGGAAGGAUCUCUUUAUUUUAGUCUUUUUAUACUGUUAAUUUAUAAUUUUUAUUAUGUGUAUUGUACUCAAGUAGAAUUGUGUCACACUAUUGUGGACAAUAUCACCUGUACCUUAUUAGUUUAUACUUAUGAUCUUCCAAGCAUUUCAAUUUAGAGUUUAGUUUGUAAAUUGUGUAAAAUUAAUAUUACUUUUGUCUUACCUACUGUCAAUUUUUAUCGACUAAUUAUGCUUUACUUGGGCGUG